GCGGAUCUACAGGCACGUGCAAAUACUUCGAAUGGGAGGCAGUCUAUUUCUUGCAGUCUAUUCAUUGGGGAAGCUCUUGAAGACCUCUCCGCAAGGCCGGCCGCACAGAAGCAGGACAAGGAGAAACCAUAGCCGCCGCGUUUUCUCCUCAAUCAAACUGCCCGCCAGUGAAAAACGUAGCCGUGGCCGGAGCAGUCGCUCUCUCCUUCGCCGCCAGAAAUCUCUGACCCGGAGGAUAUAAAAGAAAGGAAGAAGCGGGAGAAUACAAGUUCCGUUUAUUAAUUGAACUUCUCCUCGGAGAUUGUCGCUGGCGAUUUUGUCUGAAAUCGGUAUUUGUAAGGGUAUUUUGAUUUCUGGUUGCGGUGGGAGGCAUUUGAAUGAAAGCAAGUGGGCAACUUUUCACCAUCGCUUAAUUUGUCGACUUUGAUCUACUGCUAUUUAGUCCGAAAGAGCCAGAUUUUGGUUCAAGGAAAUGGCGUCCAUGAUUCAUUUUGGCAUCCAAGUUCAUGGCGCAGGUCUCUCUAGGGAUUCGAUGAGUACUCCUGUUUUUUCGUUGGCACCACGAUCUCAGUCAGGAUCGAAGACGGCUUUGAGGUUUCUGUUUCGGCAAGUCGGAAGUGCAUAUUUGAGAAGGAGAACGUUACGGAUAAGCUGUUCCAAAGCAGUCUCUGGCAUUGUGGAGAAGGAUGAGAUGUUGAGGCAACAUGCAGAUGGCAUUGCUUCCGAGCUCAGUAUAGUGAUGAAGUUUGGUGGGUCGUCUGUUGCCACUGCUGAUAGGAUGAGGGAGGCUGCUGAGCUUAUUCUAAGUUUUCCUGAGGAACGCCCAGUGAUUGUCCUUUCAGCCAUGGGAAAGACAACAAACAAGCUUCUGCUGGCUGGGGAAAAGGCUGUCACUUGUGGUGUUUCUAAUGCAUCAGACAUUACUGAGUUGAAGUUUGUAAAGCAGCUGCAUCUUAAGACAAUCAAUGAACUGGGAAUUGAUGGGUCCACAAUAUGCGCUUUGCUCGAUGAAUUGGAGCAACUGCUGAAAGGGAUUGCCAUGAUGAAAGAGUUGACACCUCGAACAAGAGAUUAUCUUGUUUCAUUUGGUGAAUGCAUGUCGACAAGAAUCUUUUCAGAGUAUCUGAACCAAAUUGGUGUUAAAGCAAGGCAGUAUGAUGCUUUUGAUAUUGGUUUCAUAACCACAGACGACUUCACAAAUGCUGACAUCCUUGAAGCAACUUUUCCCGCUAUAGCAAAGAGACUCCAUGGUGAUUGGAUUAAUGAUCCUGCAAUUCCAAUUGUCACUGGAUUUCUUGGAAAGGGUUGGAAAUCCUGUGCUGUUACCACCUUAGGAAGGGGUGGUAGUGAUUUGACUGCCACAACAAUUGGUAAAGCCCUAGGCUUGCGAGAGAUUCAGGUUUGGAAAGAUGUUGACGGUGUUCUUACUUGUGAUCCAAAUAUAUACCCAAAUGCAAGACCUGUACCAUUUUUAACCUUUGAGGAGGCAGCUGAGCUUGCAUACUUCGGUGCACAGGUUCUCCAUCCCCAAUCUAUGAGACCCGCCAGAGAAAGUGAUAUUCCAGUUAGAGUCAAGAAUUCAUACAACCCUAAAGCUCCUGGCACCGUCAUUACUAAAGAAAGAGAUAUGAGUGAGGCUGUUCUAACAAGCAUAGUCUUGAAAUCAAACAUCACCAUGUUGGAUAUAGUUAGCACUCGAAUGCUAGGGCAGUAUGGUUUCUUAGCAAAGGUGUUUUCUAUAUUUGAAGACCUUGGUAUUUCCGUUGAUAGUGUGGCCACAAGCGAAGUUAGUGUUUCUUUGACCCUAGAUCCAUCAAAACUGUGGAGCAGAGAAUUAAUUCAGCAGGAAUUGGAUCAUGUUGUGGAAGAGCUAGAGAAGAUCGCCGUCGUUCAUCUUCUUCAGCACAGGUCCAUAAUAUCACUAAUAGGGAACGUGCAGAGAUCUUCUCUAAUUCUUGAAAAGGUUUUCAACGUUCUUCGCAUGAAUGGGGUCAAUGUCCAGAUGAUCUCUCAAGGGGCAUCCAAGGUUAAUAUCUCCUUGGUUGUUAACGAUAGUGAAGCAAAGCAAUGUGUUGUAGCACUGCACUCAGCAUUCUUUGAAAAUGGCUUCUUGUCCGAAGCCAAAGAAGAUAUUCUGCAGAAUGGUUCGGUAAAAUCCCCAAUUUUGAGUGACAAUGGUUUCUAAGCCAUAUGAUUAUUCUUCUUAUGGGUUUCUUCAGCCAUUUCUAUUUAUUACCUUGGCAAUUUUGGGCUAACACCUAGGGCCUGCUUAAUUGCUAACCAAGAGUUACUGAAGUUUUUCAACCUGAGCCAGUUGUAGCUGCUGUACUUUUUUACGGCAGGGCUUUAUUUUAGGUGGAGUAAAGAUUUCACCUGUAGUAAUGAGCUUCAGGUAAAUCUGUGGCUGUGGAUGGUGGCCUUAUAAAAGGUUUUGUAGCCAUUUUCUUGAAUUUUAAUGUUAUUGAAAACACCCUUCUAUUCCCUAUCCUAUCAUAUUUCUUGCAUCUAAACUGCCCAUUACAAAUAAUAUUUUAU